CAUGUAUGUAUGUAUAUUCAAUCCAUCAAAUCAGAAAUCCGGUAUACCAGAUACAUACAGUUGGAUAAAGAAACUCCUCCCCCUAAACCCACUUACUGCUGCUGCUGCUGGUUUUUAUCUUCUUCGAUUAUUGGUUGUGGAGUUGUAUAUAUACAUAUACUGUUUUUGUGCUGAGUAUUUGACUCCAUUAGAGCAUCCCAUUGAUGGAGGUCCCUGUGGGGUUUGUGCCCAAGUUCUGGAGCUUUAUCUCUUUCUUGCCCUUCUUCUUCUUGCUCUUCAUACUUGGCCUUCUCAAAGGGUUUAUAAUAUGUCCAGUUGCCUUAGCCAUCAUAGCUAUCGGAAACUCAGCAGUUGUGGUAGGCCUUUGGCCUGCACAUUUCAUCUGGACUUACUACUGUGUGGCAAAAAGCAGGAGGCUUGGCUGGAUCUUGAAGAUACUUGCAUUGUUUUCGUUGCCCGUACCAUUGAUCCUUUGGCCUGUCAUUGCAAUAAUUGGAAGUGUCCUUGGUGGGAUAGGGUACGGCUUUUUUGCUCCCUUGAUUGCAACAUUUGAGGCUGUUGGAGAAAAUGUGACCGACAAAUGGUUUCACUGUUUUUCGGAUGGUUGCUGCUCCACUCUUAAAGGUAGCUGUACAGCAGUUCGGGAUUUUACAGAUUUCUGCUUCCACUCUUACUUCUCCUACAUGGAUGAACUGAGUGAGGAGGUGCACGAAGAUGAGAAACCUAUCGACAUAAAGUUGUCGAAGCUCCCUGCCUGUGUCUUGGUUUCUGUUCUUGCUAUCCCUGUAGAUGUCCCUUUCAUCACAGGAGUAGCUCUUUGGAAAAGCCCAUACAUGUUGUUCAGGGGAUGGAAGAGGCUUUUAGAGGAUUUGGUUGGCCGGGAAGGUCCGUUUCUGGAAACAGUAUGUGUGCCCUUUGCUGGUUUGGCAAUCAUUUUAUGGCCUCUGGCGGUGAUAGGAGCUGUGUUGGCCGCUUUUCUCUCCAGCUUUUUCCUUGGCCUUUACGCUGGACUCAUCGUUUAUCAGGAAGAUUCUCUUCAGAUGGGAUUUGCAUACAUUAUUGCUGUGAUUUCAUUGUUUGAUGAGUACGCAAAUGAUUUGCUUUAUUUAACGGAAGGCUCAUGCUUUCCCAGGCCUCAGUACCGUAGAAACAUGAAACCUUGCAGCGGGCUGGAGAAACGGAGGUCACUUGAUUUAAAAAAUGACAGGGAAGGUUCAUGGAGUUCGAAGCUGGUUUCGCAAGGAUCGAGAACACUAAAGCAAGCUAUUCAACAAUAUACGCCAAUGCAGGUAUGGGAUUGGCUCUUCAAGUCGUGUGAGGUGGAUGGUAAAACACUCGUUCAAGAAGGGUUGAUAAAUGUUAAAGAUAUUCAGGACUGUAUCGUCAAGGGGGACUGCAAGAAGCUGGGUAUCAAGCUCCCUGCUUGGUCGAUUUUGCAGUGCCUUCUGAGAUCAGCAAAGUCUGGUUCUUCGGGUCUGAUCAUCUCUGAUCAAGUGGAGUUAACUAAACUCAACCUGCCAAGGGACAGAGCAUUCGAGUGGUUCAUCGGGCCGCUCUUUACCAUGAAGGAGCAAAUAAAGGGAUUGCAACUAGAAGAGAACGAGGAAAUUUGCCUGAAAAAGGUGGUUAUAGCUUGUGAAAACAAUAGACCGGAAGACUGGGACGACACUGGAUUCCCAUCAGGCGAUAAAGUCAGAAGAGCACAAUUGCAAGCUGUAAUUAGGAGGCUGCAAGGAAUAGUUGGUUCCAUGUCCAGACUACCAACAUUCAGACGGCGUUUCAAGAACCUUGUGAAGGUGUUGUACGUGGAAGCAAUCCAGACGGGUCUCCUGGAUAAGCAUGUUCCCGGUACCUCAAAAUCUGGCAGACACCUCUUUGGAAGAGGUAGAAAACAUAGAGAUACAGCUGCCGAGGAUCAUGACCAGAGUACCAGUGAUGUUGGAGUGAUGGUAUGACUAAUGGAUCCUUGUGUAAAUGAAUCUAGUCUUUUUAUUUCAGUGAUUGAUGUAUCUUGAGAAUAAAGAUCACUGCUGCACAAUAGUAUAGCUGAGCAGUUAAAUCAAACCAGCA